GACGGGCGGGGGUCGCAGCCGGCCGGGAGCGAGAUGAGCGGUGCCUGUGGCCGCCUCGGGGCUCAGCGCCUCGGGCGGGCUCCGGCGGGCGGCGCGGGACUGCGAGCGCCGCUUCCCGCGCCGGGAGCCGCCGCCGCCCCGUGUGCGGGUCCCUCGGCGCCGGUCCCGGGCGGAGGAGGGGGCGCCGCCUCUCGCCGUGCCCGCCCGGCGCUGUGGGCGGGAAGGUGUCGGGCCCAGCCUGCGGCUUCCUGUGGCGGCGGGACGGCGGCCUCGGGCCUCCCGUGCCGCCGGGGCCGGCCGGGCCUUUGUCCGCUCGGGGCCGGCGCUGCCAGCGGGAUAGCGGCUAUCCCGGGCGGCGCCCCGAGCCCUCCGCUCCGAGAGAGACGGAAGCCGUGCCCUGUGCCCGCCGCCGCCUCCCGCCGGUGGUGCCCGGGGCAGGGCAGCACUCGGCUGGGAAAGUUUCGGGCGGCUUCCCGGGAGGGCGGGCGGCGGGAGGAGGAAGGCUGACAGAAAAGAUGGUGCUCACCUGGUGCCAGCAGCUUGGCUUUUUUCUUACUGAAAAGCCCACCCCAUUGUGGGCUGUACUAAAAGCAAAACUGCUGAACACAACAUACCUACCAUACAACCAGAAAAGAAGAACCUGAAAGUUGAGCAGCCUGGUAAGGACUUGCUGUCCAGACUACUGGUCUGGUUGGUGAGCUCCUAACCAAGUAACCACUGUCUUUCCUAGCCUUGGUUCAGUCCCUUCAUCUGUCUUCCACCUGCUCACAUUCCCUGGGUCACCAUUCCCCUCUGAUCAAGGUUUGUGGUUGCACGUUGAAUUUAGGUGAUUGCUUGUAAAGGGACUUAGAGUGUUCCUGGAAGAGAGUUUUUGUGAAUGAGGGACUGGUCACUUGCAGCAGUGUGCAGAAAGAAAUUCAAGUUGCAUGUAUGCAGAAAAUAGUGUUGAAAAGUUAAGUAAGAUAUAAUUCACAGUUCAAUUUUUUCCUCUUUUUUUAACCAGUAAUUUCUUUUAUAUUCUCUUAAUUCUGCUGUGUCUAAACUUCGCUGCCUGUCCUCUCACCAUAGCAUCCACUGAAAAGGGAGCCAAAAUGAUUUAUCAGAAAAAUAUGAGCCAUCUAAUACUGUUGUUGGAUACAAUUUGUUAGCAAAGGUUUGGCUUCUGUUUGAAACUUUCCCCAUCAGAUUUUGGAGCGGCCAUCCCUUCUCUGAUAGGUCUGGCUGGAUGCACACAGUAACAACUGUGUUUCAGUGUGCAAAACCCAAAGAUCAACUGCUGUACUAAUUUGAGCAUUGCUUACUUUGUUGCUAAUUUAUACGAAAAACAGUAUGUCUUCUAGAAAAAUGACAUAUUCUGUUUAGGAGAUUCUGCCAAAUUCACUUUUCCUUGGCUAUAGUGCAAGAUAUUUUUUAGGAGAAAAAGUCAUUAAGAAUACUUUUGUUUCCUGGAUGACUGGAGAGGCUUUAAUCAGCAGCAGCAUUUUAGGGUGUUCAGGGAAAUUGGCCAUUAUCAUCUAAGUUCUCAGAACACUUAUGAUGAAUAAAAGAGAAAUAUAAUUUAAAAUAGUAUCAAAAUUUAAAAGGCAACUGACCCUGACUGACUACCUGCUAUUAAGGUAGAAAACAAUUUAGAAAAAUUUAGCCUUUCAGUAAUACUUAUAGCACGGAACAUUGUUUUUUCUUUGAUAUAGGUGGUAUCCAUUAAUUUUCUGUUGUCUAAAGAAGAAAAAAUUGGGGUACAGUUUAUGUCAGGGAUGCCUUAUGGUGCAUAUUUUGAGAUGAAAUUUCUAGUUUGUUGUAUAAAGUGCAAAUCUGUGAAAUGUCCUUUGAAGAUUAUGAAGAAAAUGUUUUGUAAAGGGCCUUGGUGUUUAUCUUGAAACAGAGAUGUGAGUCUAGAAGCUCUGUUUCCGUCCUGUAUUGCUGUGGUAGGUUUAUUUAGAAGUCUUUCUCUGAUAACAUUCAGAGCAUAAAUAUUUUGUAUAAGGUGUUAAAAAGUUGGUCUGGGUUCUUCCUCCCAAGUCAACAGUGUUUCCAAAUUUCUCAUAGCUUGCUGGUUUACCUAUCAGAAGACCAUUUCAAAAUAAUUUAAGCUACCCUGUUUGAUGUCUUCUAAAUACAGUGUAGCCCACAAACAUGGUUUGCAUUAGGGCAAAACUAUCCAGGUUGUACAACUAAGAUAAUUAGAUUUGCAUUUGUUCCGUGUUCCUUGUCUCCUGUGAAACACUGUUAUAUGUCCACAGCUUCGUGAAAUUAUCUUUUUUGCACUCACUCAUUAGAGUAAAUCAUCCAGUUUGGUUUCUGUUUUG